CCAGUGACAUUCUUCCGAUUAUUAUUACUUCAUCACGAUCUGUUUCUCAUUACAUCUAUACCAUACCAACCACACCAUUAACCCACCUAUCGACACCCCACCAUCUCCACCUCCACCAACCAACCAACCAACCCACCGACCCUCAUCCCCACCCCCUCCAUCGCCCACAAUGUCAAAACAACUCACCGCAAACGAAGUAAAAGCCCACAACACCGUAGAAACAGGCCUCUACAUAAUCAUCGACAACGACGUCUACGAAAUGGGCCGCUUCGUAGACGAGCAUCCAGGAGGAGCGAAAAUUUUGAAGAGAGUGGGGGGGAAAGACGCCAGCAAACAAUUCUGGAAGUAUCAUAAUGAGAGUGUUUUGAAAAAGUAUGGGCCGAAAUUAAAGAUUGGGACGGUGAAGGAGGGGGCGAAGCUUUAGGACUGACGGUAGGCGAGUUGGAAGGUAGAGGGAGGAGGAUGGGGAAGGAGAUGAUGAUGAUAAUGAUGGAUGAGAGAGAUACCAAUACCACGUAACCAGCAUAUUUUUAGAAGGCGGUGGCGGCGCUGUAUGUAUGAUACAGGUCAUUGCAUAUUCAUGUUCAUUCUUGAAGGACUAAGGAGCAGGAAACCAGUGGGUAUAGUAUCAAACCAGAAAACUCCAGGCUAUGCAUGACUUGAAAGUCG